AUGGCAGCGGAAGAUCCUGAACACGCAGAUAUUUUCGGGGCGGAGUCAGAUGAGGAAGUGGGUAUCUCAAAGGAACAUCAGGUGCCUGAGCAGACCAAACAGCCACGAGAUAAUAGCCACGACGAUGCCGAUGACCAUCUCCCGAGCAUUCCGCGGCGAGAGGUAACAGAAGACAUGAUCCAAUCUGAGCCUAAGCGACUAAAAAAGAAGUAUAAUGAGCAUAAUCUGGAAAAAGAUUCUGGCGUCGGAGAGCAAGAGAUACAAGAAGAGGAAGAAGAAGCGCCGUUGACUGGCAAAGCGUUAAUUCGCGCCCAAGUGGAAGCAAGAAUUGAGGCAGCAUUGAAGUCAAAUAAGCGUCGAAACACACGUCGGCGUAAGACAGGCGAAGAUGACUUGGAGAUGAUGGCCGAUGAGGAGGUAUCUGCUUUGCGUUCUGAGAUGCUUGUAGCCGCGGACGAAGACGAAGAAGCGAACCGGUAUAGGCAACCAGCUACGUCCAAGUUACGUCUUCUCCCGCGUGUCGUAAGCACAUUACAAAAGUAA